GCGUCGACGUCGACCAACUGGAGGAAAGGCUGGCUCUGCGAUCCGGAGAGUUGUACUCUGUGCGAUAAGUGCGGUUCUGUGUUUGAGCAAUCAGCUUUCUGUGAGGUGUACCACUCAAAGGAGUCUGGUUGGAGGAACUGUACUUCAUGCAGCAAGCGACUACAUUGUGGUUGCAUUGUUUCAAGAGUUUUGAUUGAGAUUCUUGACAGUGGAGGCGUGAACUGUAUAAACUGUGCAAAGAAAUCAGGACUCGCCCCUACGGCUCUUGAUGAUCAACCUAAUGGAUUCGGUUUGCUGAAAGUUGAUAAUGCCUGUGCAUCACAAGUUACUGCAACAGAUGGCCAACCCGGUGGUGGUAGUGUUGACAAAAUAAAUCUUCUGCAGUUGAGCAGCAGUACAGAGAAGUUGGGCUUAAACACUUGCUCCACUUUCAGAAUGAUGAUGAAGAACAGUCUUGUGCAGAUGAAGCAAGAGGAAGUUUUACAUGCUUCAGGAGAACCUGGAACUACGUGUUUCUCAAAUUUUCAGGAAACGUGCAAUGGAUUCUCUCAAGCUGCCAAACCAGACAUUAGCAAAGCAAGUACAGGGUCAAGAGAUGUCUAUAAGCCACAACCACAGACAAACUUGAGUAUCACACUUGGUACUCGUGAAAAUCCAAGUCACCUUAACAGUGCUGUUGUUGAUGAAAGGGGUAAGAUGUUGUCCACCUUCCAGCAGGUGUCCAGGUCUUGCCAUCUUCUUCCGAAGCCUCCAAGGUCAGCCCUUGGGGCAGGUUUAGAAGCAAAUUCAAGCAUGGGUUCACAGAUACGUGUUGCUAGGCCUCCUGCCGAAGGUCGAGGGAGGAAUCAGUUGCUUCCUCGCUAUUGGCCAAGGAUUACAGAUCAAGAACUACAGCAAUUAUCUGGGGAUUCAAAUUCCACUAUUGUUCCAUUAUUUGAGAAAGUUCUAAGUGCUAGUGAUGCUGGUCGCAUUGGUCGACUGGUUCUCCCAAAAGCUUGUGCAGAAGCCUAUUUUCCUCCUAUCUCUCAACCAGAGGGCCUCCCUCUUAGGAUUCAAGACAUAAAGGGAAAAGAAUGGGUGUUUCAGUUCAGAUUUUGGCCUAAUAAUAACAGCAGAAUGUAUGUUUUGGAGGGUGUGACACCCUGCAUACAAUCUAUGCAGUUGCAAGCCGGUGAUACUGUAACAUUUAGCCGCAUGGAUCCUGAAGGAAAGCUUGUUAUGGGAUUUCGGAAAGCAACAAACUCUAUUACAGUGCAGGACACGCAACCAUCUGCCACUCCUAGUGUGGCUCAUUCAAGUGAAAGUUUCUUUUCGGGUGUUUUUGAGAACCUGCCUAUAACAAGUGGUUACUCUGGCCUUCUUCAGUCCUUGAAGGGAAGCACUGAUGUCCACCUAAGCACACUGUCCAAACAUUUGAAUUCAGCUAAUGUUGAUAUUAGCUGGAAUAAAUCAGGGAAGCAUGAAGACAUAACAAGAGAGAACUUGCUGCUGCCAUCAAUGCUGAUUCCAGAAAGAAAACGAACUCGAAACAUUGGAUCCAAAAGUAAAAGGCUGCUUAUAGAUAACCUAGAUUCUCUAGAACUAAAGCUUACAUGGGAAGAGGCACAGGACUUGCUUCGGCCACCUCCAAGUUCUAAACCAAGCAUUAUCACAAUAGAAGAUCACGAUUUUGAAGAAUAUGAAGAACCUCCAGUUUUUGGGAAGAGGAGCAUUUUUGUUGUACGAUCAACUGGGGCACAAGAACAGUGGGUUCAAUGUGAUAGCUGUUCUAAAUGGAGAAGGUUACCAAUUGAUAUUCUUCUUCCACCUAAAUGGAGAUGUGCCGACAACAAUUGGGAUCAAAGCAGUUCAACAUCGCAAGUCCAACCUCAACCUACUGGGGAAAGUGAAGGACAAGUUAAUGGGAAUCGAGAUUUGGCUUCUGCUGUUGACGAGCCAGAGAAUGGCGAUGAAGAGAAUUGUGGCCCUGAACGAGAUCAAAUCCAAAGCAGUGGUUCUUGA